AUGGCGGACACGGAGCCGGCGCCUCAGGCAGAGAAUGAGCCCGGCCCCAUCACCUUCUGGAGCGAAAUCAGAAAAGGACGAUGUCGUCUUGGGGUCCUGGUCGUCAGCUUCACGACCGCUCUUUGUGUGGGAGUGGCGUUCGCAGCAUGGUGUCUGACUUAUAACGCAGCUUUGGAUUCCUCGACGACUCUGUCCUCGGAAUUGGAGAGCGGCCUUGCGCAACGAGUCGUCAAUUCCAUCAACAACACGUACGAUAUUUCCGAACUGUAUGUCCAGCAAUGUCAGCGCACCUGGUCCUCAAAGACGUGGCGGAACGAGAACGUCGCAACUUACAGCCAACAGAUGUUUUUCGCAGCCUACGCCAUGCGCGAUUAUUUUUCGUCAGCCUACGUCACGCUUCUGCCAGAGGGACUGACGUGGGGCGGGCAAACAAACACUGGUGCCGAACCCGGAACUUAUUCCUACACUGUUCUCGAGUCCGUUCCCUAUACGGCAGUACCUGGCGCCGUGAACUUCACUUAUUACGCGGUUAACGAGGAAGGCGUGAAGACUGGAGAAGUAGUUCACAACACGCUUAACGGGAACUACAGUACGGCUAGCUGGGUCACGAUUGUGGAUUGGAACGAUGCCAAUGCCGCUUCGUGGACGCCUGUUUUUGUGUACAACAACGUCCCUGUCAGUACCUUUACACGGACGAUCCGCACAAACGACAACCAAUUGAUAGGCACCCAGCACGUCGAUAUGUUUUUCGACUUUGUCGGAAGAACGCUGGCGAGUGAGAAAGCGGCCAUCGAGUAUCCAUCGGAUCUGUUCGCCUUCAAAUCGGAAAACGACGUGGAUUAUUGUCUGGGGACCACCGAGGCGGGUGUGGAGAUCUACUCGCGCGACCCCGCUGAUCCUAAUAGGGUCCUCGGUGUGCUUUCGGCUCAGGAGGUGGCGAAAACCAGUUUACUGCUACCGGCCGUCGUCGAUUUGGUGAUCAAACGGCAGGGCCAUACGUCGCUUUACGCUUUCGCUUCGGGCGCUGCGAAUCCGAAGACUCUCCCGGUCGAGACUGGGAAGGGUACUUACUACGUCCAGCUCCGGACGAUCCAACGCCGCGGCGCUUCGUUGGUGUUCGUUGUUUUCCUGACAACAGGAAGACACGGAAUCGUCGUAGGACUCACCAUCAUGGCAAUAGGGAGUGCCGUGGCGUUCUCAUACAUGAUCUCCAGAGCGUUGUCGCGUUUGACUAGAGACAUCGGCCUCUUGAGCAAUUUCGACUUUCGAGCCGCACUUGGAUCGGAUGUGGAAGGUGGUAAACGGGCAGUGCGCACCAGCAGAAUCAGCGAAAUCUCGGUCGUCGAGGCAUCUUUCCGGAAAAUGGUCUCGGCAUUCGCCAGUGCGAUGUCUUCGAACAACCAGAUCACCGCCGCUGCCCGAAAAAGAGGUGUCAGCACGGUCGGUGCAGCAAAUGCAGUCCUUCGUAGUAGUGAUAUGAAAGAUUCCGAAUGA